CAUGCACGAUAAACAAGCAGAGCGUCGGGGACUAUACGAGACAGCCACGUUAGUGAAAACUGUGGACACAAAUAUUAUUUGAACAAAUAAAGCUUUUACUUGGAAAAGUAAACUCCCCUCGCCCACCACACGCACGCACGCACGCACGCGCACACGCACGCACACACACGCCCCACGGUAAGGAGCAGCAGGAGAAGAGACACGUAGCACGUCGUCUGGUUGAAACAUUUUACUCUUCGCUGAUUUAUCUUCUAAAAACAUGGACAUGUCAAACAGCAGGAGGAUUGCCAUCCUGGGAAAAACUGGAGUUGGGAAGAGCAGCCUGGCUAACACCAUACUGGGAGAGCAACUGUUCCGGAUCGGACACAGUGUGAACUCUGAAACAAUUAAAUGUCAAGCAGAAACUAAACCGGUCAAUGGAGGAAACAUCACUUUGAUUGACACUCCUGGUUUCUUCGACACAGAUCGAUCUGAGGAGGAGCUGAAGUCUGAAAUAUUGAGAUGCAUCACAGAGUUCGCUCCUGGGCCUCAUGCCUUUCUCAUUGUACUCAAAGUGGAGAGAUUCACAGAGCACGAGCAGGCUAUCAUCGAUAAAAUACACCAAUACUUUUCUGAAGAAGUCUUACAGUAUGCGUCAGUUCUCUUUACUCAUGGUGACCAGCUCCCUGAAGGACAGACCAUUGAGGACUUUGUCCACGAUAAUAGGCGUGUGAAGGAUCUGGUGGAGAAGUGUGGAGGCCGCUGCCACGUCGUUGAUAAUAAAUAUUGGAAGAACAACCAGGAAGAAUACAGGAACAACCAGGUCCAGGUGAAGGAGCUCCUCAAGACAAUAGAUAAGAUGGUUGAGGCAAACGAAGGAAGAUGCUACACCAAUGAGAUGCUACAAGCAGUGGAGGAAAGAAUAAUACAGGAGGUGGAACUCAUUCGACAGACAGCAGGAAACAAGUCAGAGGGAGAGAUCAGAGAGGAGGCGAAAGAGAACGUAUUUAAGUUGCUUUGGACCAAACUGGCAGGUAUCGCAUCAGGUGCAUUGUGGGGAGCUCUUUUAGGUCUAAUGGAGAUGGCGAGUGACAUUAUCACAGCUUUAACACAGCCAGGAGGAGCUGGAAUGAGAGGAGCCACAGUGCAAAGGGCAGUUGGUGUUGCUCUAAGAGGAGCGAUGCAAGGAGCUAUUACAGGACACAAUGCAUCUGAGGGAGCAGACUCACCAGGCGAAGCAGCAAAGAAGGCAGGAGACGCUGUCAUGAAAUAAUCAAUCAGGAUCAAAAGCACAUGAUAAUACAGCCAGAGAUGAAACAGAAUCAAAACCAAUAAUCAAGACGUUACUCUUAAAGACGGGAGAGAGAAUGUAUCAUUAGAAAGUCACACCUCCCUUUAAAUAACAUGAAAUAUGUGACCAUUGAGAUGAUCACGUUUAAUCAUAUGUAAUAUGUCAUUCAAACUUUAGUCGCUUAUUCCUCUUUCACAAGCAGUUUAUUUUAUUCACCGUACAUAUCUACUUGCCUGUACUUCAGAUGUCAUAUUGUA